AUGAAAAUUGUGCAGAUAUCUUUGGGGAUAAUCUUGCUGACUUAUUUAACACAUUCCUCAGUUGAAACAGCACCGGUGUUUAUGGCACCACCAGAAAACCAUGCGCCAGUGAUAUUUAACAUUAGAUAUGGAAAGAAAAUUGGAAUAAGGAAAAAAGGUGAAAUAAUUGUAGUCAGGGCCAUGGAUCCAGAUUACCCGCCAUUGAUCUAUCAAGUUGUAAAAUGGACCCCAAGUGAAGGAGAACAGUUAUUUAAGCUUGAUUCAACUACCGGGGUAAUAUCAGUCAAGAAAGGGGUACAGCUACCGAGACAGACGACGUUUAAGAUUGAUGUAGCUGUGAGUGAUGGUAUAGACACAUCUGAUCCUGUCACAAUUACUAUUAUUACUAGAGGAGAUAUGACCAUGGCCCUUAUUGAUGCUGCACAUGACAAAGAUGAAUCUGUGCAAGAGAUUAUUGCUAAUUCAUUGUUGGAAUUGGGAAAGAAGCGACCACAUUUAGUCCUCAGUUCUUGUAAUGUCUACCUAAAGAAACACAAUAAGCUCUCCUUAGAUCACAGAGUUGUGAUAUUAAAUGCUAUAGAGAGAAUUGUUAAAGAAACUCUAGAUUCAUUAGAUGCUGCUAUAGCCAAUGAUUUGAUACAUCAAGCCUCACAAGAGCUAACACAGACAAAAGAUGUAGAACCAGCAUGGCAGACAGCAGCUAGUGGAGUAAUGGUUGCUAUAGGAACGAAAUUCUGUGAUGAAGUUAUGGGAGAAUUACUGGAGAAAUUUCAGCCUGGAACAUUACCUCAUUUCUUUGUCUUACAAACUAUGGGAAACUUGGCAUCAGCUAAUGUGUACAGAAUGGUACCUCAUCUGACAGCUGUAUUAGGUACAAUGUUACCAAUGCUAGGAAUGGCUAAACAUGACAAUAUGAGAUGGGUCUUUUCUGCUGCUCUGUCCAAGUUCAGUGAAGCUAUAUUAGAAUAUGUAGCUAAUAUAGAGAAAGCACCUGAUCCUACCAUAUCUAAAGACAGGUUUUCAGGAGAAAUAUUUUCAGCUUAUGAUAUUCUUUUUAAUGUCUGGUUACAGUCCAAGGAAGCAAAGUUGAGAUUAGCUAUAAUUGAAGCAUUAGGUCACAUGUGUCAUAUUAUGGAUCAAGAUAAGCUAGAAGAACAAUUACCACGUAUGUUACAAGGAAUCAUGGGAUUGUAUAAAAAACAUCCUGAACCAUUUCACAUAACACAGGGGUUAAGUAUGAUAUUGGAUGCAGUAUGUUAUGAAGGAAGUACUGUAUUAGAUGUAUAUUUUGAUAAUCUAAUGGCAGUCUUAUUUGGCCAGAUGUUUAUUGCUAUUGACUACACGAAUCCUUUAAGUAUAAAAAAUCAUAAUGAAGUUCUGAGAUGUUUUACUAUUUUAGCAAGAGCCUACUCUGGUAAAUUAGUAGGAAUAUUGUUAUCUAGAUUAGAGAAUAACAAUGAAAAAACUAAAAUUGGUAUCUUAUCUAUAUUCAAGCAUCUGAUCAAUUCUUCAGAAUCCAGUAUGGAAGAUAAGAAAGAAGUCAUUGUUUCUGGGCUGAAAGGCAUAUGUAAUGAACAAAAUAAUAAAAUUCGUAAAGUGUUUGCUCAAGUAGUAAUAGCUAUGGCUCAUCAUGGUUAUUUAGAAUUAGAAGGUGGACAAUUAAUGAUAGAAUUUAUUGUUAGACAGUGUUCAUUACCUGAUGAUCCACCUGGUAAGAAAUCAGCUGAUCCAGAAUAUGUUAGUAAUAAAGCUUUAAGAUUAAUGUGUAAUAAUAUAUUACAAUUAAUUACUACCACUAUAGAUGAUAUGGAAAUGGUACUAGCAGGAAGACCAUCACAUGGAAGUGAAAGAGGUCUACAUGUUUUAUCUUUAAUGAAAGGAAUAUCACCUAAUUUACAUGAAAGUUUAGUGGAAUUAUGGGACACAGUUAUACCCAAACUACUACAAUAUUUGGAAGAUAAUCUUGAUGAUGAAGAAAAAUGGUCACAGAAAAAUUGGGAGGAUUUACUUUUGAAGAUGUUAUCUAAAAGUUUAGAUGUUGUUGAUAAUGAAGAAUGGAUAGUUGAGGUUGGAGAAGCUUUUGGUCAACAAAUUGGACAUUAUACUAAUAUGUCUGGGGAAAAGAAUUUUCUAUAUAAAUGUCUUGGUAUAAUUAUGAGGAAGUCAACAAAGAAAGAAUUUGUAACCAAACAUUUAGAUUUGGUAUUUAAUUCAGUGAAACAUACUGAUCAAACAGAGAGAGAGGGAUGUGCUAUAGCUAUUGGAUUCUGUGCAGCUUCUCAUCUUGAUGCAGCAUUGAGUAAACUAGAAAGUGUGGCGAAAAAUGAUUUAUCAAAAAAAUCUGGCGGAUUUCUGAGUUUUGUUAGCAAGGAUAAUAAAUCAGAUGUAGAUGUUGAAAGAAUUAAAGCUACAUUAAUGUUAUGUUAUGGUUUUGUAGCUCUAUAUUCACCACCUACUCUUAUUGUAUCCAGAAUGGAAGCUACUAUCUUACGUACCAUUUCACCUUAUUUUCAAAAUGUCAAGAGUGUAGAAUUACGCCGGAAUCUCAUUCGUACAAUCGAACUGUUAGGACGGUGUUUACAUCCAGAUUCCCUGUGUAUGAUUUAUACCUUUAAACAUAGGGGACAACUUUUAAUACAUUUACAGGAUACAAGUGUGAAACAAAACCUAAUUCGUACUGUAUCUAAUAUUGGACAAGCCUUACAUCCAGAUCAUUUAGAACAACAAUAUAACUUUACAACUAGAGGUGAAUUCUUAACUCAUUUACAGAAUUACAUGAAAGCCGAAUCUUCCCAUAAUAUUCACAAUGAAACUAGAGCUCUAGCAAUGAAUGCUUGUUCAACAUUAAUUAAACUCCAUCCUAAACUUUCCGAGGCUGAAAUAUUUGAUUUAGUCAAGACAUGUACAGACUGUGUGUUCUGUUUACCACCAGAUGGAGUUAGUGUUAAGAAAGGAAAAGAAGAUGUUUAUGAUGAAAUGUUAGAAGCAGAAGUCUUAUUAUCUACCACUUUUGAUGCUUUACAUGAAGUACUUAAAGAAAUUAUUAAUAAAGAUCCUACUCCUAUGGGACUAGAAAGUAUUUUCAAGCAUUUAAUAAACUGGAUAUUAUCAGUGAAUGAUUAUGAAAGAGAACGUGCUUUAAAAACCUGGUUAUUUGUCUUAGAAUAUUAUAUUGAAAGAAUGGACAUUUCGAUAGUAUCAAGAUUUUUAAAUGAAGGAACCUUUUUAGCUCGUUUAGUACCACGAUGUACAGACCCUAGUAAUAAUAUACGUCAACUAGCUGUCAACUGUUUACAAGCUACACUUAAAAUAGGACUGAGAUAUGAAGGUUUAAGCGCUGAUACACCAGAUCAAAUGAUAGAUGCUUUACCAACAUUAAAAGAUAGAUUAAGAAAAAGUGAUCCCUCCAUAUUAUUUAGUGUUAUAAAUGACUUAUCAAAGGUUAUAGCUAAAAAAUUACCAGCUGAACAUUUAGAAAAAUUUAUAGAUGUUCUUCAAGAUGGCCUCUUAGAUAAUCAGUCCCAUAGUGCAUCUGGGGCUUGUGUGGUAUUAAAUGGUUUUAUGAAAUUACGUGGUGGAGAAAUUGGUUCAACGGUUGAGAAGACACUAGAAAAUUUAUAUGAUAAACUCUGUAUAAUAGACAACCAACAAACACGAACUGGUACAUUACGAACAAUACGUACAUUAGCUAGUCAUCAUUUAUUAACUGUUUUAAAAGCUUUAUUAAAUUAUAAACUACCUUAUGAUAGUGUAGUGAUAGAAAUUUGGGGUAUUUUAUCACAAGAACAGUCUCUAGUAGCUCAUAUGUUAGAUUAUUUCUUAGAAGUUUUACAGAAAAGUUUACCUUAUGAAGAGAAAUCUAAAGAUAAAGACACCAAGAAAACUGCUACUAAUAUUCCUUUAGCUAUAACCUGUGCAAUAACAGUAUUAUUUAAAACAGAAGAAACUGAAGCAGAAGUCAUCAAGAAUUUCUACAGAUUAUUUGCCGCUUUAAUAGUUCGUCUAGGUUCAUCUGUUGGAGUUAAUCCACCUAAAUCAGUGACAGAAAGUGAAGAGAAAGUUAAAAGUAAAGAUAAAAGAAAAUCCGCGCCAGUUGUUCAGAAAAAAAUAUUACCAAUAAAAUGUGCUAUUGAAGCUUUCAGAGAGUUUUUACUCAGGAGUAAAGCAGAUGAUUUAAUAGAAAUAUUAGAUAAUGAAGGAGUUUGGGAGAAAAUGGAAGAUGAAAAGGAAUAUUCAGAGGCUAUGACAAUUUUAGCAAGAGCUCUAAUAUCAUGCCCAGAAGAAGCUAAACAUACAGCUAAAAUAGUAGCUAACUUAACAUCAGUAUUACAGAGUAUUUAUGAUCCACAGAGAGUUGUUGUAGCAGCAUUCUUUGCUGAGUUGAUAAAUCAGAAGUGUGCUGGUGAUGAGUUAUUAGUAGAAUUAAUAAUGAAUAGUUUAUUGGGAAGAUUAGUAGAUUCAUCUCAUAUUGUUAGGAUGUAUUGUAUUAGAGGUCUUGGUAAUAUUGCUAGUGUAGGAAAAGAUCAAGUACAGAAAUACUCAACAACUAUUUUAUCAGCUAUGAUGGCUGGUAUGGAUGAUAAAGAAGAUAUGGAAGAUGAUAUAACAAUAGAAGCUAUGAGUGGUUUAUCACGUAUACUCUCAGAAAUAGAUGAAAGUCAUAUCCGAGCCAUUUUAAUUAAUGUUGCCUUACGAAUCAGACCAUGUUUUGAAAAGGACAAACCAGCAGUUAGAGCACAAGCUUUUAUAUUAUUUGGUAAUUUAUCACGAUUUGGAGACGGACCAUCACGACAACCAUUUUUAGAACAAAUACAUAGUAAUUUUGUUAGCUUAUUAUUACAUUUAAAUGAUCCAGAUCAUGAAGUGAGAAAAGCGUGUAAAUAUGCAUUAAGACUAUUAGGACCAUUGAUGGGUUCUGAUGCUAUAAAUAAUAAGUUUCAGAAACAUCUAUUAGAGGGAGCUAAUUUAUUCUAUGGUGAAUUUAUGAAUGAUUUAGCCAAAUUAAUAAUUCAAGAUUUUCCUGAGAAAAUUAAUUUCUAUGUUAUGGGUUGUAUUUCAUUCUUUAAAAGUAUGUGGCCUGAAAUCAAGAGUAAUGCUGCCAUGUUUUCAGGAUUUUUAUUAGGAAAUCUCUCUAAAGAUAAACAAGGAAAUAUAUCAAAAGAACAUACUUGUUCAGCGUUAAUAUUAUUACUCAAAGAUCCAUCACCAAGUGUUCGAGGAAAAGCUUCAGAAGCUAUGAGCCUCUUAUAUGAAUAUUAA